AUGGCUACUUUUAAGGAUAUUGUGGAUGAAUUUCUAGUCGAAACUUGGAAUGAUAAGACAAACUUCGAAGGUUAUUAUGAUAAAUGUUCACCUCUUCAAUGUACCUAUAGAACUGUACACAAAAAUGACUUUUUUUAUCUUAUUACUCGAGUUAUCGGAUUGUUUGGUGGUCUCAGCGUUGCUCUUCGUAUUAUAGCGCCUUUGAUCGUCAAACUAGGUCGUGAUGCUUUUGUGAUUGUUUGUCAUAGAAAAGAAUCAACUGCUGACAAUCAACAAACGCAGACAGGUACUAGUGAAAAUAUUGCUAUUCUUUAA